AUGGAAGAGUGGAUUUUUUUUUGUUAUUCUUUUUGGUCAGAACGUUGUCUCCGUACACCGUCCGGGUCACGCCGGCGAGCCGACUGCUGGGAUCGAACUAGACUUUACCCCGGGGAAGGCUGGGUGUCAGUUGGUGACGUACCAGCGAUCAUGAACUUAAUACCUGCAGCAUACGGUGUUUAUUCGAUUGCUGGCCGACUCACAAUCGAUCGCAUUCGUGCUACGGUAGAAGAGCGCAAGACUAGAGCCAAUUAA